UGUUUAUUUUUAAAGUAACAAGAAUAAUUUUAAAAAGUUAGUAACUUUGGGUGUUGUGUAUUGGCUAAGCUGACUCACUAGACAUUUUUCAAAUUAACCUCACUUUUUUUGUAACAUGAGUAAAUUAAAAUCCAAUUGUAAAUUAGGAGUUUUGAGCAGGCCUGAUGGCUCUGUGUUAUUUUCACAAGAUGAGACAACUGUCAUAGCAGGUGUGUAUGGCCCUGUUGAGAGCAAGGCAAACAAGGCAUUAGUCGAAAAAGCUUGUGUCGAGGCUCAUUUUAGGCCAAAGUCUGGAUUGCCAGGUGUAAAAGAUAGGUUAAAUGAAUCAAUCAUUAGAAAUGUAUGUGAGGCUGCAAUUGCAUCAACUCUGUAUCCUCGAACUUCUGUUGUUGUUGUUAUACAAGAAAUGCAAAAUAACGGACAGUUGAUUUCGUGUGCCUUAAAUGCCGCAUGUUUGACAUUGCUUGACUCAGGGAUCGACAUGAAAUGUAUGUUUGCUGCAGUGACGUGUUUCAUAGACAAAGAAGAAAAUUUACUAUUUACUCCACCUCUAAAUGAAGAUGAGGUUAAAGCAAUGUUUAUGUUUGUUUUCGAAAGUGUUGAAAAAAAUAUAAUUGCAUCACAUACUAGUGGUUCUUUUAGUGUUGAACAAUACAAGGAUGCUUUAAGUUUAUGUAAAGAAGAAUGUACAAAUAUAUUUGACUUUUUUAAAAGAUCUUUGACAAUAAAAUAAUAAUUAUUUU